AUGAGCCAUCGUACGUUUCAAAGUUUUAGGCAGGAGAUACCUAUUGUAUCAGAUUUUGCGUUGCACGAUAUCUUCAGUAUCCUACUGUUCACCGGGUUAAUCGGGUUUACAAGACUCUCAGCAGCAUACUUUCUAUUGCUGUCGUUUGUGAUGUGGGUCAUUCAUAAAUACUCUGACUUCAUCUACCGUUCCUAUUUGACACUGAAUCGUGAUAUCGGUGGUCUUUGUUUGUUGCUGUCGGUCAAAAUGGAUUUGCGAAGACGCUUAGCAGAAAAUAAAGGACUUCAUGAAAUAUUUGCUGAAACUGUUGAACGAUAUCCGAAUAAAACUGCACUGAUUGAUAUUGAAUCUGGUCGGUAUCUGACAUUCACAGAAUUGGAUCAGGAGGCGAACAAAUAUGCUAACUAUUUUCAGUCGAUUGGCUAUCGGAGCGGCGAUGUAGUGGCAUUGUUUAUGGAAAACAGUGCCGACUUUGUUGCGUUAUGGUUGGGUUUGGCCAAAAUUGGUGUAGUGUCUGCUUGGAUUAACUCAAACUUGAAGCUGGAGCCGUUGGCACAUUGCAUCAACACUUCAAAAGCAAAAGCUGUGGUCUGCUCUAAAAGACUUCAACAAGCAAUGGAAGAUGUGGUAGAUAAAAAGCUAUUGAACAACGAUGUUAUAACACUUUAUCGUUUUGGAGACAAUGAUGAAACACCGGGAACCUUAAAAGACCUGGUUAAGGAUUGCAAUAUAUCUGAACCACAGAAACAGGAUUCUGUACAUUUCAAAAGUGUUCUCUGUUUUAUCUAUACAAGUGGCACUACUGGAAUGCCAAAAGCUGCCGUAAUGAAAAAUUUUAGAUAUUACUGGAUGGCAAUGGGUGCUGCAAAAACAUUCAAAAUUACAAAUGAGGAUCGAAUUUACGUUGCAAUGCCAUUAUAUCACACAGCUGCCGGUAUUGUUGGUAUCGGUCAAACCCUCAUUAAUGGUUGUACGUGUGUUAUCCGCAGGAAAUUCUCAGCCAGUAAUUUCUGGAAGGAUUGCGUUGAAUAUCAAUGCACAGCAUCGCAGUACAUUGGUGAAAUCUGCCGAUACCUGCUAGCGCAAAAGGUUACCACUGAAGAAAAGAAUCAUAAGAUUCGCUUGAUGUACGGGAACGGACUUCGGAAGGAAAUUUGGGAGCACUUUGUCACGCGAUUUCGUGUCGUAAUUGGCGAAGUAUACGGGUCUACAGAAGGAACUUCAACGUUAGUAAAUGUUGACGGUCAUCCGGGUGCAUGCGGCUUUCUGCCGAUUUCUCCACUUACCAAGUAUCUGCAUCCAGUAAGACUCGUGAAAGUUGACGAUGUUACUGGUGAAGUACUUAGAGACAAGAAUGGUUUUUGUAUCGCAUGCAAUCCAGGAGAAACAGGAGCGAUGGUUUCUAGUAUACGUAAAAAUAAUCCUUUGCUGAUUUAUGAAGGGUAUGUUAAUGACAAGGACUCAGAUAAGAAGAUUUUGCACAACGUUUUCAAAGACGGCGAUAGUGCUUUUCUAACUGGUGACAUUCUUCAUUGGGAUCGACUUGGUUAUGUUUAUUUUAAAGAUCGCACCGGUGAUACGUACAGAUGGAAAGGAGAAAACGUAAGCACAACAGAAGUGGAAGCAAUUUUGCAUCCCAUGUCAUGUGUGGAGGAUGCCACAGUUUAUGGAGUCACAAUACCAGGGAAAGAAGGGAGAGCUGGAAUGGCUGCCGUCGUCAUGAAAGAAGAUGCUGGGCUCUCUGAUGAGGAAUUCGUUCAACGUAUAAAAGAGAGACUCGAUUGUAGUCUAGCAUCUUAUGCGAUACCGGUAUUCAUUAGGCUAUGCUCAUCAGUUGAUAAAACUGGAACAUAUAAAUUGAUCAAAACCAACUUGAUAAAAAUGGGUUACCAGCUGGGUAUUGAGGACAACCGCGUCUAUUUUCGAGAUGCAAUUACUGGAGGAUAUGUGCCUCUUAGUCCAGAUAUUUUAGCAGAAAUUAACACAGGAGAAUACGCAAAGCUUUGA